AUGGGCCACGCUUCAGAUGUCGCCGUCCCAAGAAACAGUGGUGCUGAACGAGGCUCACCCAUUACGUGCCCUGCAGACGUUACUGGUCGUGGGGAAAGGUAUGAGGUUAUCGAUGAUGAGAACAGCACUCUCCCAUCCGAAACUGGCGUAAAUGCAGGCUGGGGACCCCCGCUUAGCGCAAUCGCACUCCCGAACUCGUAUAUGUCCGCAGACAGCUCGACAGGGGAUUCUACGGCAGAUGCAUGGUACUCGAUGCCGUGGGCUACGGAACCAUACUCGUGGGAGACGUUGCCCGCAUCUUUCUGGGGUUGGACCUGGUCUCAAGCCGACAAUGUGACCGCGUCCGAGACCGACGGUCCCUCUUUUGAUGCACCGGACCCUAUUCCCUCGUCCGAUGCACUCGGGCUCUCUUAUAUCCUAGCAACUGCGCCACCGAGCUUCCCAAGAUUUCCUCGCUUGCAGAAUAUUGAGGACGGCAGCUUGGCGCUCCCGGCUGAGUCUCCAAUGUUACCGCGUCCCUGGGAUCCACUGGCGCCUGUUUCCACAGCAUUGCCCAUGACGGACUUCCACCGCCGCAGCUUGCAUCAACAACCAUUUGCGCCCAUCCCUGUUCGGAACAUCGAGUCAACAGUACCUCCAUGGCUACCGACUAUGGUGGAUUACCAGGGAAGUGAAGUCAUCCCGUUCGAUAACGUCGGUGCCAGCAGACAGGAGUCAUCGUGUCAUGUCACGGUGUCGGAAGGCCAGGUCGAGCAUCGUCACUCGACCUCGGUAUGUGGCUUCAAUGCUCACAAGAAACGGGAACCGUUUGUGUAG